AUGUCGUCGUCCACCACCACCACCGGCCACCCGGUGCCCACCUCGCCCGUAGAGCCGACGGCGGAGUGCAAGUCGAUGGAUGAACCACCGUCCUCGGCCUUGUCCAGGAAAGCUCGCCUUGUCCAUCAUUUCUCUCAAGAUGUUCGAUCAUCCACCUUUGCGGAACUGCAGCUUGCCAUCUUAACCUUCUGCACCGGCAUGCAAGAUGCCACCACCUUCCCCGACUAUCAUUGCUUCGCCUCCAACCAGACGGGAAACACCGUCUUUCUCACCUUGGCCCUCAUACUUCCCCAUCUCAACGGCGACGCCUUCAUCACGUCCAACAUCGGCAUGGCCCUCGGCAUGUUCCUCGGAGCCGGCUGGCUCACCGGCCAGCUGAGCCAUCUCAUUGGAGCUCGGAAACGAUGGUGGCUGGUGCUCUGCAACUUGAUCCAAAGCCUCGUCGUCUUGGGUGCCGCCGCCGUGCAGUAUCGCCACGGCACCGCCGACAGAGGCCCGGCGGCGCUCGCCGUCGUCGGCAUGCUCGCCUUUGCCGCCGGCAGCCAGGUCGUUCAGUCGCGAAGCCUCGCCAUGACGGAGAUUAGCACCGCCAUGGCGACGGCCGCUUGGGUCGACUUGAUGAUCGACCAGAAGCUCUUUGUGCGGAAGAACCGGCCACGGACUCGACGCGUCGUCUUCCUCCUCGCCUUGGUUGCCGGCGCCCUCGUCGGUGCCCUGGUCUACAGGGAGGUGGGUUCGGCGACGGCCAUUGCCAUGUCGGGAGCCGGAAAGGUCCUCGUCACCAUUCUCUUCAUCUUCACCCCUUCGCAAAAGGAGGAGACGCAGGAUCCGUCGCCCGCAUGA